CAGAGAUUGAAGCCCCUCUUAAAAUAAAAACAGAGUCACAAACAUCGAGAGAGAGAGAGAGAGAGAGAUGGUGGUGGCUCAUGCGUGGGGCGUGGGACAAGCAAUCCCAGUGCCCCAAUUGAGGCCCUUCUUCUACUGUUGCGCAGAUUUUCAAUCCAAGAAAUACAAAUCCAAUCUCAACUUUUUUCUGGGUUGGGGCUGCUCUGUUCAGACCAAGCAUGCCGUUUUUUCCAAUAAGAACCGCAAGAACUCCAGCCUCCCUUGCCGUUGCUCCAAUAACAUUCACAACACCAACAUCAGUUCGUCUUUGGAAUGGGAUUGGAACCGCUGGAACCGCCAUUUCUCUGAGAUUGAACAGGCCGAGAGCUUUGCCUCUGUUCUCAAGUUUCAACUUGAAGAUGCAAUUGAGAAGGAAGACUUCCAAGAAGCUGCGAAGUUGAAAAUGGCUAUUGCAGAAGCUACAUCAAAGGACACCGUUUCUGAAAUCAUGUCUCAGCUGAAGCAUGCGAUUGAAGAAGAGCGUUACCAUGAUGCUUCAAGGUUGUGUAGGUACACAGGAAGUGGACUGGUAGGUUGGUGGGUGGGCUACUCAAAAGAUUCAGAUGAUCCCUUUGGCAGAUUAAUACGCAUAACUCCUGGUGUGGGCAGAUUUGUUGGCAGGAGUUACAGUCCAAGACAGUUGGUGACUGCAGCUCCUGGAACGCCAUUGUUUGAAAUAUUUGUGGUAAAAGACACUGACAAGACAUAUGUCAUGCAGGUGGUAUACUUGCAACGAGCCAAAGGAAAUUCUACAAAUUCUAGUUCACCAUCAAAACUCACAAAAGACCCUUCUACUUCCGAAGUUGAGAAUGAAUCUGUAGUGGACAUUCAGGAAAAUGAAGGAAAGUCAGAGAGAACUGAGGAGAAGGGCACUAACAUUGAGGGAGCGACUGAGGAGGGGAUUAAAAGUGUGAUAAAUUUUCUUAAAGAAAAAAUUCCAGGAUUGAAAGUUAAAGUCAUGAAUAUAAAUGUGAGUGAAGAAGUGAUAAAGGAUAGCGACUCUAUGAAGCAGUUGAUGCAAGAAGACAAUGAGAAGACAGGAUCUACUGAGAAUUCUGAAGACGGAGUUGGUAAUUUGGAUGAGAUUCAGCCUGAUGAGGUCACUCUAGGAGGAGAUAGUGAUGCCUCUGAAGAUGAAAAGGAUUUGGAUAUGAAGCUUUUUAUUGGUGGGGUUGUGCAUAAUAAUGAGGAUACUCCUACCAAGGAUGAGUAUGUGCGUCUUCCUGCUGAAAUUAAAGAUACGGAGAGAGAUUCUUUUGUGCUACAUAUACCUGGGAGAAGCCUAGAUCAUGAUGCUGGAGAAAGUAAAGUGUCCAGGGUCAAAGUGGCAGCUCUAGCAGCUCAAGGCGUCUCUGAGCUUAUGCCUCCUGAUGUUGCAAAGGCUUUUUGGAGUGCUGACAAAGUUUCUUCAAAGGUUUCCAGAAAUGUGCGUGAAAUUGUUAAGCUCGCUGUUAGUCAAGCACAGAAGCGCAGCAGAUUAUCUGAGUACACAACUUUUAAUCGGAUUACCACUUCCAGAGGAGAUUUAGAUCCCUUCUCAGGCCUGUAUGUUGGUGCAUUUGGCCCUUAUGGGACUGAGGUGGUACAAUUGCGGCGUAAAUUUGGCCACUGGAAUGGUGGGAAUGACGAAGACAAGUCUUCAGAUGUGGAGUUUUUUGAAUAUGUAGAGGCAGUGAAGCUGACUGGGGAUCUUAACGUUCCUGCCGGCCAGGUUACUUUUCGUGCUAAAAUUGGGAGAGGAAACCGCGCAUCCAGCCGUGGGAUGUAUCCAGAUGAAUUAGGAGUGGUUGCAAGUUACAAAGGUCAAGGAAGAAUAGCAGAAUUUGGGUUCAGAAAUCCACAGUGGGUUGAUGGAGAACUUCUCCAACUAAACGGCAAGGGCAUAGGUCCAUAUGUCAAAGGCGCAGAUCUUGGUUUCCUAUACGUAGUCCCUGAGCAGAGUUUUCUUGUGCUGUUCAACCGAUUAAAGCUACCAGACUGAGCCAUUAGAUGAAGCACUUAACAUAGAGAAGAGGAUUCCUAUCUGUAUCAUGUUAGAGCAAGGAAGGAAGUUUCAUCUUUCUUUGCUUUCUUUUUGGAAGUUUUCUUUUCAAGCCUUCUUUUUCAACUUUUUCCUCCUUUUCUUUUGUGGCUUCUCUUCUGAGCUGUAUAUCAUUUUUGCUGACCAACCAAAUAGUGUGACGAAAUCUUUGCAAUGCAGUCCCCAUCAUGCGUUCCAGAAGAAGCUUUCUUCUGAAUGCCGAGUUGUGUAAGGAUUGGCCUUUUGUUAGCUGUGAGGGGUUUUUUCUUUGGUAGGAGUCCAACCAAAGUCGUGUGACAUGUUCUUUUGGGCUUAAGAUUGUGUGGAGCA